ACCAGACUGGACCAAACAGAACCAGACUGGACCAAACAGAACCAAACAGGACCAAACAGAACCAAACAGGACCAAACAGAACCAGACUGGACCAAACAGAACCAAACAGGACCAAAGGGGGAUAAACAGGGUCAGAAGGCGACAGUGAAGCGCUGAAACAGUUUGACAUGAUUCAGACCCGAGUCCAGUGGAGAAAUGUGAAGAAUGUUCUGUGCACAAUGACCGGGCAGUGCCGGGUCGUCCGGGUCAGAGGACUUGAGCUGUUUCUCUGUUUCUCUAUAAACGUGUCAGAGUUUGUUGUGUUUGACCCGGAGCCAAAACCAAAACGAGUCUGAACAGAGUUUGUGAUGAUGAAGAUGAUGAAGAUGAUGAAGAUGAUAAAGAUGAUAAAGAUGAUAAAGAUGAUGAAGAUGAUGAAGAUGAUGAAGAUGAUGAAGAUGAUGAAGGUGGGUCUGGAGCAGGUGUUUGGUUUGACGUCGAGCUGCAGUGGUUUGUCGUCGUCGUCGUCGGGGUUUGUGGCCUACGCCGCCGGGUGUGUGGUGGUGCUGUUGGAUCCGAUCACAAACAAACAGAGCCACAUCCUGAACUCCUCCAGGAAGUCGUUCAGUGCUCUGUCCUUCUCCCAUGAUGCAAAGCUGCUGGUCACCGGAGAGAGCGGUCACCUGCCGUGUGUUCGUGUGUUUGACCUGAAGGGGGCGAUGAAGUCUGAGGUUCAGAUUCAUAAACAUGGAGUUUCCUGCGUCUCGUUCAGUCGAUCGGACGAGUUCAUCGUCUCUGUGGGAUUUCAACACGACAUGAGCGUCAACGUGUGGGACUGGAAGAGGGGUGUGGUCAUCGCGUCGAACAAAGUUUCCAGUCGAGUCUCGAGCGUCUCGUUUUCUGAGGACGACAGUUUCUUCGUCACCGCGGGAACCAGACACGUCAAGUUCUGGUACCUGCACCAGUCUGCACACAACCGGGUGAACAGUACGGUGCCUCUGAUUGGUCGCUCGGCGUUGCUAGGCGACCAUAAGAACAGCGUGUUUGUGGCGGUGGCGUGUGGGCGGGGCCAAGCUGCGACUCGAACCUUCUGCAUCACAAGCUCCGCCCUCCUCUGUGUGUUCAAUGCCCAACAGCGAACCCUCGAGACCUGGGUCCACCUCAAGGCGGAGGCGGCGUUCUCUCUGGCAGUGGACGAGGACGUGGUUUUCUGUGGCUGCUCCGACGGCGUCGUCCGAGUUUUCUCCUCCGACCUGAGUUACAUCUGCAGCCUCCAGCGCCCCCACAGACUCGGAGUGGAACUGCAGCACGGGGCGUCGCCGGGAGCAGGGGGCGGAGUCUUCCCUGACACGGUGGCGUUGAGUUUCGACCCCGGGACACGCCUCCUCUGCGUCAUCUACGGUGAUCACAGCCUCUACUGCUACGACCUGAAGGACCUGAAGGACCAGAGCAAGAUCUACUCUGCCCUGUACCACAGCUCCUGUGUGUGGAGCCUGGAGACCUACCCAGACCUGGAGGACUUGGAGUCGUGUCUUCCUCCGGGUUCGUUCGUGACGUCUUCUUCAGACGGGACGAUCCGGGUCUGGAGCACAGAGAGUCCUCAGAGCAACUGCUACAGCCAGGACCUGCUGAGGAUCCUGUACGUGGGGGAGGCGGAGUCGACCGACGCCGCGGCCGACCCGAAGUCCGGACUCCGGGUUUUGGCCGUGAGUCCCGACGGAGCUCACCUGGCGACGGGCGAUCGCCACGGCAACGUCAGUAUCUUGGCUCUGGAGUUUGUGGAGGAGCUGCACAGGAUUGAAGCCCAUAACUCUGAGGUUUUGUGUCUGACCUUCUCCCCAGAAUCCUCAGGAGUGCGUCUUCUGGCCUCGGCCUCCAGAGACAGACUCAUCCACAUCUUCAACCGGGACCAGGACUACCACCUGAUCCAGUCCCUCUACGACCACUCAGGCUCCAUCACCGCCGUGCGCUUCACAGGGGAGAGUCCUGAACUGAAGAUGGUGAGCUGUGGAGCAGACAAGAGCAUCUACGUCCAGACCGCAGAACAGACGGGGGCGGGGCUGACCUUCUCUCGGUGUCAUCACGUGGUGGAGAAAAGUUCUCUGUACGACAUGGAGCUGGACCCGACUCACACACACGCCGCCUUCGCCUGCCAGGACCGCAACAUACGGGUUUACAGUGUGGACAGUGGGAAACUGACCAAGACUCUGAAAGGAUCAACGAGCGACGAAGGAGCUCUACUGAAGGUGACCUUUGACCCCUCAGGCUCGUACGUGGCGUCCAGCGGCUCCGACAAAAACAUCUGUAUCCACGACUACGAGACCGGAGAGUGUGUGGCCACGCUGUACGGACACUCAGAGGUGGUGACUUCGAUCCGGUUCAGUCUGGACUGUCGUCACCUGCUCACGGCGUCUGGAGACAGCUGCAUCUUCGUGUGGCGUCUCGACUCCGCCAUGACGUCGCUGAUGAGGAAGAGGCGGGGCUUGGACAGGAAGCAGGACAAGAACAGGAAGCUGAACAUCAGGAGGGAGACGUUCAUCACGGGUCCGUCCAAUCAGAUCUGUCUGUUGCCCGAGGGGGAGGAGUCAGAGGUGGUGACCCCUGGACGACCCGACACACACAGCGAGUUGCCGUUGUUGCAGACCAAUGGGAAACUGCCUCUGUGGUUCAGGAAACUGCAGGGAGGGGGCGGGGCUUCCUCUGCUCUCGGCCAAUCAGACGCCGAGCCUCCACAGGUGAGGAGGAGGUGGGCGGAGCAAGCAAACCCCAUCAGGAUCUGCCCCAGUUUCUCCCCGAGUCCAACACAGAACCGAGACCAGGACCAGGACUUAGACCAAGAUCUGGGACCAGAGGAGGAGUUUUGUCCCCAGAGUCUGGAGAGUCUCCUGGUGGAAGAAGAAGAAGAAGAAGAGGAAGAAGAAGAGGAAGAGGAAGAAGAAGAGGAGGAAGAGGAGGAGGGGGCGGAGCCUCCAGGUGUGAUCUGCAGCAGCUUUGGCCUGUUCCCUGAUCACAGCAGCGCCUCCAACAGGGACUUUGAUGUUCAGGGUCACGAGGUCGAAGGUCAUGAAGACCUGAGUCCAGACUCGACCGGGUCAGACGUCUCCACAGAGAACCAGGAGACAGAGCGUUUUGACACGGACCCUGUGACCCUGCGACCUCCAGAGCCUCAGCACUUCCUCCAACCACGACUCAGCCUGUCCACGCGCUUCCUGUCCAGAUACCAGGACCGGAUCCGGUCUAAACCUCAGACUUCAGUUUCCUCCAGGAUCCUCGAGGAGAGCUCCAUCGAGAACGUCAAGGUCCAGCCUCAGACAGAGUCGGGUCUUGAGUCGGGUCUGGGUCCGGGUCUUGGUUCCAGGAGGAGUCAGGAGGACCUUGGUUCCAGGAGGAGUCAGGAGGACCUUGGUUCCAGGAGGAGUCAGGAGGACCUUGGUUCCAGGGGGAGUCAGGAGGACCUUGGUUCCAGGAGGAGUCAGGAGGACCUUGGUUCCAGGGAGUCAGGAGGACCUUGGUUCCAGGAGGAGUCAGGAGGACCUUGGUUCCAGGGGAGUCAGGAGGACCUUGGUUCCAGGAGGAGUCAGGAGGACCUUGGUUCCAGGAGGAGUCAGGAGGACCUUGGUUCCAGGAGGAGUCAGGAGGACCUUGGUUCCAGGAGGAGUCAGGAGGACCUUGGUUCCAGGAGGAGUCAGGAGGACCUUGGUUCCAGGAGGAGUCAGGAGGACCUUGGUUCCAGGAGGAGUCAGGAGGACCUUGGUUCCAGGAGGAGUCAGGAGGACCUUGGUUCUCAGAGACUCGGUGGACGCAGGGCUGUGAUUGGCCGCAGGCACAGCUCCCAUCAUGCCUCAGGAUGGCGCAGAUAUUCCUCUGUCACGGUGCAGUGUCGCCGACGCACAGACGUCCUGAACAGAAGCCUCCCGCCACAGGGGCUUGUGGGAAAUGUAGUCCUGCUGAGGAAGAACCAAGACCCGAAACCAGGACUGAACCAGGAUCAAAGACCAAGACUGAACCAACAACUGAACCAGGGACUGUGGGGGAAGGAGAACCUCAACCCGGACCAGGACCAGAGACCGGGUCAGGACCAGAGGCUGGACCAGGGUCAGGACCAGAGGCCGGACAUGCAGCCAGACCAGCGACUGGAUCAGGACCAGAGACCAGACUCUUCUCCAGGUUUGAAGCAGAUCUGUGAGGAUCUAAACCCAGUCUCAGAGGAUCUGGUCUCAGAGGGUCCGGUCUCAGAGGAUCUGGUCUCAGAGGAUCUGGUCUCAGAGGAUCCGGUCUCAGAGGGUCUGGUCUCAGAGGGUCUGGUCUCAGAGGGUCUGGUCUCAGAGGGUCCGGUCUCAGAGGGUCCGGUCUCAGGUCUGGUCUCAGAGGGUCCGGUCUCAGAGGAUCUGGUCUCAGAGGGUCCGGUCUCAGAGGGUCCGGUCUCAGAGGGUCUGGUCUCAGGUCUGGUCUGGUGUGGAGGAGCUGAGGAACCGUCUGAGUCUGGAAACAUCAGUGUGGCCCCGCCCCCAGACCCUGUGGCCCCGCCUCCAGAGCUCUGCACUGACCCAGCCGAACAGGAAGAAGCCGAUGACGUCACAUCCUGCCCCGCCCCCGAGUGUGACAGGCCCCGCCUCCCUCCAGGUGAACAGGAAGUGAUGCGAGUGGCUCAGGCCCCGCCCCCUCCAGGUGAACAGGAAGUGACACGAGCGGCUCAGGCCCCGCCCCCUCCAGGUGAACAGGAAGUGAUGCGAGCGGCUCAGGUCCCGCCCCCUCCAGGUGAACAGGAAGUGACACGCGCGGCUCAGGCGCUUCGACGAACGACGGAGGAAACACUUCAACUGUACAAACAGGUAACCUCCCUCUCCCCAGACACCUCCUCCUCCUCCCUCUAUGUUUCCUGCACAUGUUUCAUCAAGACCUGGUUUGAAGUAACAAACGUUCUACUGCAGAACAUGAACGAGCUCAAACACCUGAUCCUGUAA